UCUGUGAUCUGUCAUUAAAGUCAUUUUCGACGUGACAAAUCUCGUUUGCGGUUUUGGUCCUAAUUUCCAAAUAUUCGCGGUUAAAAAUGGCAGCCGUUGAAAACAGUGGAGUUACCACUCUUCAGCCCAAUCUACAAAAACAAGAUCUAUCAAAACUUGAUGUUUCAAAGCUAACAGCAUUAUCGCCCGAAGUUAUUAGUAGACAAGCUACUAUAAACAUAGGAACUAUCGGUCACGUAGCCCAUGGAAAAUCCACAGUAGUUAAAGCCAUUUCUGGGGUUCAGACUGUCAGAUUCAAAAAUGAGUUGGAAAGGAAUAUUACAAUUAAGCUAGAGAGGCUCCAGUUCGAUGUAAAAGGCACUCUCAUAUGGCCCCGCGACAAUAACUUGAGGAUCAAUACAGCCUCGGUCGAGAGCUUCAUGGAGGAGAUGGUCAGGAGGGGAGUGAAAAGAAAGCUGAGCGACUCGUGGAAAACGAGCAGGCCGAACCCGAAAAAACCCACCUACAAGAAGGAGUACGAGGUGGAGAGUCUGGAAGACUGCGACAUCGUCGACGGAAAGCUGCAUUUCUUGGUGAAGUGGAAGGAUUACGACGACGAGAGCAACACGUGGGAGCCUCCUGAGCACCUGGAGCACUGUCCCAAGAUCGUGGAGAACUAUCUGGCGCGGGUGUUGGACGAGGCCGUGCUGGACGCGUUGGCCGAGAAGCUGAACGUCCGUAGGAACCUCAGUCUGAACGUCAUCUCGCAGAUGUACCCGAACUUCGACCUUAAUAAAUUACCGCUCAAAUUAUCCCUGCUCUUAGACCUGAUCGUGGUGCAUCUCAAGUUUCCCGCACCCCGCCACAUCCUCAGAUUGAACAACGCCGUCAAAGCUCUGGUGCAUUACGAUUUAUUGGUGCGUAGGGAAAAUCAGCUGGCCGCGUUGAAGGCCUGGUCGGACCGCAUCAACGAAGAAAAGGAAAAAGUGCCGUUGUUGGUGGAGAACAGGGUAGACCUGGAGGUACUACCCAGGGACUUCACCUACAUAAACGAGAACAUAUCCGGUAGGAACGUGCGCAUGCCGAAACACGUGAUAUCCGGCUGCGAAUGCGUGGAAUGCGGCCCGAAGAUCAAGGCCUGCUGCGGCAGGCAGGAGUACAACGGGUUCACCUUCACCAAGGCGGGCAGGAUCAACGUGAACCCCGGCAUCCCGGUGUUCGAGUGCAACUCGCUGUGCAAGUGCGGCGCGGAGUGCAGGAACCGCGUCGUGCAGCGCGGUAGACGCGUACCGCUCUGCAUCUUCCGCACGGACAACGGCAGGGGUUGGGGCGUGAAGGCCACCCGUAAGAUACCCUGCGGCGAGUUCAUCUGCGAGUACGUGGGCGAGAUAAUCACCCACGAGGAGGCGGAGGAGAGGGGUAGGAGCUACGACGCCCAGGGUCGCACCUACCUGUUCGACCUGGACUACAACACCAAGGAUAACCCGUACACCAUCGACGCCGCCAAGUACGGCAACGUGUCGCACUUCAUCAACCAUUCCUGCGAUCCGAACUGCGCCGUCUGGGCGAUCUGGAUCGACACCCUGGAUCCGAACCUUCCGCGUCUGGCCCUCUUCUCGCUGAGGGAGAUCGACAAGGAUCAGGAGAUCACCUUCGAUUACAUGUGCGCCUCGGACUCACCCGCGAACACUCCGGAGAAGAACAGACCGCGACUGGAAACGCCCGAUAAAUCGAGCGAAAAAAUGAGUACUGGUAGAUCGUUGUGCAAGUGUUACGCCGACAAAUGUCGCAGAUAUCUCUUUUGAUACCGUCGUGGGCCAAGAUACGUCACGGCCAAGAAGGCGAUUGGUCCAAAUUUAACGAAGAAAAAGGAAGGUUUCGAUUCUUUGCGAAUGGAAAGAAUAAUUGUCGCUUUAAUCGACAAAACAAACAUUUUAGUUUUUUAUGUAUAGUUUCUAUAUAGCAUGUUACAUUGGUUUUUUGUCGUGUUCAUGUUUCUUCAUUCGUUGCGCGUGUUUUCUCCAUUGUCUGGCGACGUAGGUUGGUCGCCAAAACGUUGUUAGAGCUGAAUAUUCAGAACUGAUCAUCGGCAGAUGAAUCGUGACGAUAUAUAAGUAUAGAUAUACUGUUUUUUUAAAUAUUUUUCACCUGAAUGAUGAAAUAUCCUCGUUGUGCCUUAACGUUAGGUCGAAAUUAAAAAAUUUCUGUUUUAUUUUAAUAGUUUUGAAAGUAAAAUAAUAUACAUUACGA